AUGGUCUAUGGUGCGGUACCAUUUAAUCCAUAUGCUCAUCUAUCAUGUCCUUCUGGUACCCCAAAUACUGCACCAUCUUUUGGCUAUUCACCGAUUCAUCCAAUGGCACCAAUGGGAAUGUUUACAAAUAGUUAUUCAAAUGGAAUGAUUCCACGGAAAAAUCGUAGAGAACGAACAACUUUUAAUCGACAACAACUUGAAAUUUUGGAAAAUUUAUUUGCUACAACACAUUAUCCGGAUGUAUUUACCAGAGAAAAAGUUGCUGAACAAAUACAAUUACAGGAAAGUCGAAUUCAGGUGUGGUUUAAAAAUCGCCGUGCUAAACAACGACAACAGGAAAGGCAAAGACCAAAAGGAUCAAAUGCAAUUACCGAUGCUAGCUCAUCAUCAUAUAGUACUACGAUUACUGCUGGCUUGAAUACUAUACAUCCAGAUUCCAUGAAUAAUCCAAUGAAGGAAGUUUCAGAUGGAACAAAAGAAUCUACAGUAUCAUCAAAAUCUCUGGGACAAUUUGCUAGUGAACCUGAGACCAA